UAAUCUAGUAAUUAAUUUCUAAUAAAGUUAAAUUAGUAAACGACAAAAACUUAUCUCAUCUAACCAAUGACCAGGAACCUUCGUUCACAGAUGUUGAGGUUGUAAACUGUAAUCACUAGACAACAAAUGAAUUUAAUUAUACUUUAUGUUCUAUAUAAUACAUAUUUGCCAAAAAUGUUAAAAAGUUUACAAGAGACAAAAAGCAGAAGAGAAAGAGGUUGGUGAUAGAAGCCAAAAUCAACUCUCCUUUUCUUUCUUCCUAAAAGCAGCAGAUACAGUUUCUUGAGCUUGUUGCAAGUGAAGAGAUGUUCAGAUCCAAGUCAUGCAGAGAAGAGAUCACAGGAAGAAGAAGCAGCAUCACCAACAAGUACCAUUGCUUAACUAGUAAUGGAGAAGCAGCACCAAGUCCAACAAACCAGCUGCCACCAGUGAUGAUGAGAUCUUACAGCGCAUCAACUUAUAGUCCAUACAAGAAUCCAACGACGGUGAGAGACAGAGACAGUCCCAACAGUAAAUCGAAGAGAAGAACUAGUAAGGCGAAGAAAGGGUACAAGGGUUUGUGUGAGGCAGAGAUUCAGAGGAAAAAGAGAGUGGCUGGUUAUAAUGUGUAUGGUGUUGAAGGGAAAGUGAAGGGGUCUAUGAAAAAGAGCUUCAAAUGGUUCAAGGAGACUUGUUCAAAUGCUGUCUAUGGUUUGUGGUGAUAAGGUCUUACCUCUUUCAUGAUUCAACUACAAAUUCUUCUCAACUUCUCUUCUAUUGUCUCUUUCUCCUCGUUUCUCAGCCAAAUAUUGAUGUUCGUAACUGGAUGUUAUGGUUGUUUGUAACGAUAAAAUACUUAGGCUGAAUCAUGUAGGCCAUGAUAAAUUGGUAGUUACCAUGAUUUAAGGAUUUUAAUUGCAUUCACAAUGUAACAUGCAACUCUCAGGCCCUCUCAGGAUGGAACUUGACAAGACAUAAGAAAAUUCUGUAAGGGAAAACAGUACAAUUAUUGCUUACGUACAUCUUUCACUAUUUACCCACAGAAUGACCAUUUACCCUCACAAUAUGAUGUCACACGAGAAGACGAAAAUAUAAGAAAAACCCCUUCUUUCUUUUGCGCCUUUUUUUGCGACGACACUUCAAAUCUCUUUGAGACACAAAAAAUAAUUUUAACUUUGCAAUACCAAACGAC